GUUUUUCUUUCUUUUGCUGACUUUUCUAAACUUCUUUCUUCCACAAUGAAUCGUCGGUGAUACGUUCAGCCAUUUGUCCAAACUACGAGCAUUCCCACUUGGGCCCAAAAAAUGGUAAAAUACUAAUCAAAAUCGAAUAUGUCUAUUCCAGGUUUCCUUUCUUCCUUCCCAAUCCCAGCUUCCCUAUUUAAAUAUUCCACCAGGCACUGCCACUCUGCCGCAUUAAACCCUCUUUCCCACUUUCCAAUCAGUUCUCAGUUCUCACAUAGCUGAUAUAGCUCCCCUUUUUUCUACAUCUCUCUCUGUUUCUAAGCGCAAGAAUGGCAGCGAUCAAGAUCCACGGAAGCCCUUUCUCCACUGCCUCUCAGAGGGUAUUUGCCACUCUUUACGAGAAAGAUGUUGACUUUGAAUUCGUCAACGUCGACAUGCGUACCGGCGAGCACAAGAAGGAACCUUUCCUAUCUCUCAACCCAUUCGGGCAGGUUCCCGCUUAUCAAGAAGGCGACUUGACCCUCUUCGAAUCAAGGGCAAUCACAGACCACAUAGCCCAGAAAUUCGCAAGCAAAGGGGCACAGCUGGUAACCGGAGAGGCAGAGAUGAAAGUAUGGCUGCAAGUGGAAGUCAACCAUUUCGAGCCGGCUUCGUCACAGCUGGGGUGGGAGCAAGUGUUCAAGCCCAUGUUCGGGAUGACCACGGAUCCAGCAGCAGUGGAAGCCAAUGAGGCCAAGCUAACCAAAGUUCUGGAUGUGUACGAGGCGAGGCUGUCCAAAUCCAAGUACCUGGGAGGCGACCAGUUCACAUUGGUCGAUCUCCACCACCUCCCCAACCUUCAGUGCUUGAUUGGAACGCCCACCAAGAAGCUCUUGGAUUCUCGCCCCAAAGUCAGCGCUUGGAUUGCUGAUAUCACUGCCAGGCCUGCUUGGGCCAAGGUCCUUGCUAUGCAGCAGAAACACUGAAACUAUAGGAAAAAACAGUGCUGCUCUCGUCGAUCUGAGGAGUUGGGACUGUUUAUGUGGGUUGGAGGCUGUUUUUGUCUUUGUGUUUGUUGUUGCCUUUUGUCUUUGUGUUUGGUUGGACCUGCCUGAGUUUUCUUGUUGUUCUAGUCUUCUAUGGAAGACUGGAUGGGGAACUUUUCUUGUAUGGCAUUUCAAGAAUAAAAGUAGGCCAUUGGGUGUGGUUGGUGUUGACUGUAUUUGUUCUUUGUGUUUGUUUUUGAAGAGAAAAGGAAUGAGAAUCAGAAAAAAGGGUAGCUUUGCCGACCUCUUAAAAGUUAAAAGACUUUGCCGGCCAUUUUGGUUUUUCUUUUCUAACUCGUUAUAGUGAUGAC